UACAGAAUACAUAUCGAAACAUGUCUCUUCCAGGUAUCAGGAAUUAGUCGAAGAAAAGAAAUAAAGUUGUGCGGUUACGCAGACAAAUUAUUGUACCAAGCAAAUUGAAAUGAACAGAAUCUCAAUUAAUAGUGAAUCGAUAGAGAGAAACUAGUACAGUCUUUAGAGGGUGAUCCGUGCGACAAACGUUAAAAAAGGGAGAAGCAUUGAAUAAUGUAUAAGUGUAUUUUAUCAAUGUAAUAUCUGCAAACAGAACUUCUGUCUGAAGAUGGAUAUGACAAAGCAACAUCUCGACAUGGUCGAACGUAGUACAAAUAAAUGCAGCAAUUACAACUGCGAUACGGAUGAUAUGUCGCUGAAGAGCAUACAACGUCUUCAACCUAACAAACAAGAAGGAACCAAUAUUAUACAGCCAGGACCGUCGUUGGAGAAUAAUUUGUGUGGCAAAGAUUCUACCAAGGAGAGCAGCACUAAAAAGUACAAAAGAAUUCCAAUACAAUGCGAUAUUUGCAAACAAAUCUUUCGCAGAAAACAAGAGUUGAUAGAUCAUUGCGAGAAGGUUCAUAAACGUAGCAUCUACAAAUGUAAACAUUGCGACUACGAAACCAACUGUAAGAGUAACUUCAAAAGACACGAGAAAACACACGUAAGAAAACGUGCGACUAAUAGCGGAGACUACGUGUGUACUGAGCCCGGCUGUAACAAGAUAUAUAAGAAUAAGUAUGAUUUCAAGUGCCACAUAAAGAUUUGUCAGUACAAAAAUAAGAUGAAAAGCAAUAAUAUGGGACCGGGACCGUCCUCAGAGAGUAAUCUAUACUUCAGAAAAAAAAAUGAAAUGUACAAACUUUCUAAACAAUGCAGAAUUUGUGGUCAAAUUUUCUGUAAUAAGAAAAUGUUAGUAGAUCACUCAAUGAAGGUUCACCAACAUUGCGUGCACAUAUGUGAAGACGAAACAUGCAGUUACGAAACCAACAACCUGCGAAACAUGCAAAAGCACUUUAUAAGAAUGCACAUGAAUAAUAAAAACUAAGUAUGUAGUGGGACUGGCUGUAACUGGGUGAGAAAAGAUCGGGUGUAGCUAAGGCAACACGUUCACCCUGACAAAUAAAACAAGACGACGCGUUCACUCUGACAAAUAAAAGAAAAGCAGUAUUGAGGACCCACGGCCGUCUUCAGAGAGCGACAUGUACGGCAAACAUUUCAGAAGAAGCCCCAGCAUUGAAAAGCCUAUAAAUAUGCCUCAUAAAUACAAAAUCUGCAACGGAAUGUCUCUUUCUAAGUAAUAGUUGGAAAAAAUACCUCUUUACAAAUAGAUCUUUACAAACAAUCCAUAUGCAACUGCAGCCAUGGUUAACUACGUAUUUAACAAGGAGAAUAACUUGCAAAGACACAUUGCACGAAAUCACACGGAUAAUUAUGAUGAAGUGUGUACUGAGCCUGUCUGUGGAAAUAUAAAUAGUUAGCGGAUCUGAAGACGCACAUACAAUCGUCCUAUCAACCAGAAGAAAAGCAAAAAUGAGGACUCGGGGCAGUCUUCCGAGAACGACUGUGCGGCAAACAUUCCAAAAAAGGGAGCAGCAUCGAAAAGCGCAUAAAUGUGCCUCAGCAGUGCAAACUUGCAACCAAGGUUUCGAUAGGAAGAGAAAGUCGACAGAUCACCUCCGAAAAAAUCAAAGGUUAUCGCAUGUACAACUGCAACGAUUGCAAUUAUAUAUCUAACGAGAAUGAACAUUUGAAAUAUCAUGUUGCAUGAAAGCACAUGGACAAUUAUGACUACAUGCGUGACAAGGAAAGCUGCUACAAGAAAUUCAAACUCGAGGAGGAACUGAAGAAACAGGUAAAAUAUGACCUUUCCAAAGACACCUGCUAGUGCCGAAAAUAUACUGAAGUAAACUCUAAUUUUUUAAAGCGCGGAAAGCACAAGAACGUGCGUUCUUCGAGGUACCCCCUGACAGGUAGAACAUUGGCGGAAAAAAGUGCGCGAUCAACUAUGCGAAAAUUCGAGUGAAUUCCUUGCAGCAUUCCAAGAACUUUUUGUCUUUUGCAAU